GUUGUUUUACUAAAUUAUUCAUCCUGCUCCUGUGAUAAUAUAGUUAUAAGGAGGAGCCUAAUUACAUUUACUAGCUGGCUUCAGCCAAUAGGGUGAUAAGGAUCCAGGGCUAUGGGAUGACGACGAAUCCUGCCAGUGUGCUGUGAAUGUGAGGCAGAAGAAGGGACUUGCAGUUUGUGUGCAGGAGGGGAAGAGAACAAGUCAAGGGCCUCUGGAUUAGCAGACUGAGGAAAGGAAAAAAGGUCUAUUUGUAUUUCUUCCUCAAACACGAUUUCAAGGGUGACAGCAUCUCUCUGGCUAAGCUAUAGUGAUUCCAAAAGCCCCUCUAGACUGUGGAAUACAGUUAUUUAGUCUCACUCGCAUUGUGGAGAAGUUCUCCAUCCUGAGCUUCAGCAAUGAAUUUCCUCCGAAGGCGCCUCUCAGACAGUAGUUUUGUGGCCAACUUGCCCAAUGGCUAUAUGAUGGAUCUUCAGCGUCCUGAUAACUCCACUAGCUCUCCAGGUUCUCCAGCAACUGAGAGGAAGCAACAGCAGCAACCAUCUCAGCCAUCACCCUCUUCCUCUUCUGGAACCAAUAUCUUCAGUUCCAUCUCCAGUGCCAUGAAGCAGACCACACAAGCAGCUGCAGGACUCAUGGAGCACUCGGCAAGCCCCACUCCUGUGGCUCAGAAACCCAAGAUCCUUUUGGUGAUUGACGAUGCUCACACAGAUUGGGCCAAGUAUUUCCAGGGGAAGAAGGUGAAUGGAGAAUUUGAGAUCCGAGUGGAACAGGCUGAGUUCUCAGAGCUGAACCUGGCUGCUUACGUUACUGGUGGCUGCAUGGUGGACAUGCAGGUCAUGAGGAAUGGCACCAAGGUAGUAAGGUCCUUUAAGCCUGACUUUGUUCUGAUUCGACAACAUGCAUACAGUAUGGCACUAGGAGAGGACUUCCGCAGCCUCAUCAUCGGCCUGCAGUAUGGUGGAGUCCAUAGUGUCAACUCCCUUUACUCCAUCUACAACUUUUGCAGCAAGCCCUGGGUGUUCUCUCAGCUAAUUAAAAUCUUCAACUCCCUGGGUCCUGAGAAGUUCCCUCUUGUGGAGCAAACAUUCUUCCCAAGCCAUAAGCAGAUGCUCACAACCCCAAAUUUCCCUGUCGUGGUCAAGCUGGGACAUGCUCAUGCUGGAAUGGGGAAGGUAAAAGUUGAGAACCAGUACGACUUCCAGGACAUGGCCAGCGUGGUAGCCAUGGCAAAAACCUACGCCACCACUGAAGCAUUCAUCGACUCCAAGUACGACAUCCGAAUCCAGAAAAUCGGCAGCAAUUACAAAGCUUACAUGAGGACAUCUAUCUCUGGAAACUGGAAGGCAAACACAGGUUCUGCCAUGCUGGAGCAGAUCGCAAUGACAGAGAGGUACAGACUCUGGGCGGACUCCUGCGCCGAGAUGUUUGGAGGCCUCGAUAUUUGUGCCGUCAAAGCUGUCCACAGCAAAGAUGGGAAGGACUAUAUCAUUGAGGUGAUGGAUAGCUCGAUGCCCCUGAUAGGGGAGCACGUAGAGGAGGACACACAGCUCGUAGCUGAUCUGGUUGUCUCCAAAAUGACUCAGCUUCUUGUGACGGUGGGAUCUACCCCCUCACCUCCAAGGUCUUGGCCUCAACAAGUCCAGCCUCAGUCAAUGAAAUCACAGACGCAGCCUCAGCCUGGACCCCAGCUUGGGCAAUCAUCCCAACCACGGCCACCUCCUCAAGGGGGUCCACGCCAGCCUCAGGGAUCUCAGCCUCCGCGGACUGGAGCACCUCCACAACAACGGCUCUCUCCUCAGGGCCAGCAGCCCCAGAGUCCCCAGUCUAGCUCACCUCAGCAGCAGAGGUCGCCUGGAUCCCCACAGUUAACACGAUCUUCCACUGGAACCUCCCCAGUCCAGGCCUCCAGGCCAGGCAUCUUUCCACCACAGCAGCCUAGACCCCCUGCCCAAGGACGGGCUCCUGCUCAACAAGGCCUUGGUGAAACAGCCAAGCAGCAGGCCUCCCCACAUCCACACCUGAACAAAUCCCAGUCCCUGACGAAUACCUUCAGCAUAUCUGAAUCAUCACAACGGGGAAAUGCCAACGAAGAUGAGGCAAAAGCUGAAACCAUCCGCAACCUGAGGAAGUCUUUUGCUAGCUUGUUUUCUGAUUAACAUCCCUGGAGUCAGAUCAGUGCUUUUAUUAGUCCACUCUUCAUAUCAACCUACCCAAUGUUAUUGUGGAAUUUACUCAUUGGUACCUAAUGGUUCAUGCAAAAUCUGGGAACAUAAUCCUUCAGGCUAUCUUUUCUAAAUGGGUUUUGCCAGAAAUUAGUUAGCCCUAGAUGUUUUAAUUUUAAGGGUUAGUCCAACAUGGGCCAAAAAAGUGACUAUGUAAAAAUGGCACUUUCUCACUUGGUAGAUCUGCUUUGUGUGCAUAGUUAGUAAGAUCUGCUUACUUGAGUGACCUGAAAUAAUUUCAAAGUACUUUUUACUGCUAUCACCCCUUCCCAAGCCAACAAAGCUAUUGGAGAGCAAAUUAGAUUCCAUUUUGGCUUGCACAUUAUUAAUAGAAUGAAUAACUAGGUUCCCAUUAAAGACUCUUUAUUCUCAUUGAGGCUGACCCAAAAGGAACAGAGUUUGAUUUCUGAUGCAAAUGUGCAGAGACAGAAGUUAAAAUAAACAUCUAUUUACUUGAGUGAGCAUGUUUGAUCUGGAAAUCAUGAAGACAUAAUGAAUUUGGAACCUCAUAAUGCUAGUUUUACAGAGUCACUUUUCUGAGCAGAACUGUAUUUCAAGUAAAACUCGGUAUCAGCUGUCAGUGAGUCCCAGAGAUCAUUUAAGCAUUACGUUGAAGUAUUAUGUUGGAUUUCUGCUCUGCUCAGGGCCAUCUUACCAGUAGCAAUUUAAAUGUGUCUAUUUCAUGCUUUGAGGCUAUGUUUCCUAUAUGUGUUUCUUGAUUUCUGGGAGAAAGGUAUCAUGUUCUAACCCUACAGCCAUAGCUCAAAAAUAAACCAGAAAAUAGGACUGCCACACAUCUUGAAAAAAUAGAUAAUUUAUGUUCAAAUAUAGUUCACACAAACUCCAGAUAAAAUCCAUCCAAGCUGCUAAAUCUGUAUAAUCUGACUUGGUUGCAUCUGGCUAAGUGAUCCCCAUGGGGCAAGAUUAAUUAGUAGCAGAGUUUGAGGUGUUCGUACCAUUAUGAGUCUUCCAUGCUACAGAAUGGAGAGAGCCAUGGGGUAAACUCCCGGCCGCACUUAAGUCAAAGGGAGUUUUUCAUGGAUGUAAGUGGGGCCAGGACUUCACCCAUGGAGUCAGUGCAAGGUGAGAGACCUGUGACUGGAUGGCUUCCCCCUGGAAAACUAUCACUUGGGAGAGAGAACAACCAGUAGAGCCUGGUGACACCCCCCCCUCCCCAAAGUGGGAGGACAAUGUGUGAAGAACUAGUUUACAGCUGGAGCCAUGAUGUGUCUGAUUACCUACUCUUUUUAUUAACUACCCCAAGGAAUCUGCCCUGGGGCAGGUUAUCAGUAUUACGGGUACCCCAAAGAAUGAUUUUUCUGGAGAACUCGUAAAGGUGGCAGAAGGACCAAUAAUUGAACCAUUGCCUGCUGUGCUUUCCCUCGUGGCAUGUGACAAUCUAAAUCAGGAGUGUGUGCAACUAGCUUGGGACUGAGCCAUGACAAAAAUGAGAGUGACAGAAGCUAUAUAAAUAGCUGGACAUUAAUGACUGCUGCUAGGAAAAUUUACCCCAGCUGAGGCUCUGCUCCUUGGAACAGGAGCAGUUCAGUUUACAAUACACCUGAUGCGAGUGUGGUAUUUCCAUCCCACCAAUCUUAUGCACAGGAAGGGAGACCCGGUGAACCCCAGUGAGGAGGCAGAUGACACAGAAGACAUUUCUGCUAAACUUUCCUUCUGGCUCUAUCUAGUAGUGUUGUACCAAUCCUCAUAUGUAACUUUAGGGCUGGACCCUUGAGCCCAUGUCCCCUUUGCAGCACACCAGGAAGUUCCUGUUUGGGGCUGGGAGAGGACAUUUUAUGGAUAUCAAACACAUUUCAGUGUGCAGCUCUGCCUGUGGUUUAGUGCUUUGCUGUAAGCUGAAAUGGGAACAGAACCCCAAAGUAGCAAGAAAAACAGCAGGCUGGACAUCUUGGAUUUUACACCAACAUGGGAAUAAAGCCAGACAAUUCCUGCACACCACCAGUAAUAACUGUCACUACAGCACAGCCACAGGGCCCCAAGACAAUCAGCUCCCAGGGACUAUCCUAACUGGGUCUUUGUAGAUGAAAUGUCUUUGGCGAGCUGAGUGCUUUCCAGCAUGCCACUUUUUCUGGGUGGGGAGGUUUUUUGGACCAGUGAAUUAUGUCUGUAGGUUAAUAUUGAAGGAAAAAACCUCCUGAUUUAUCGUUUUCCUUCUGUGCUUCUAGAUCUUCCUUCCGGCUUUGCUAAGUGGUGAAACACAUAGCACUAUAACUACAAGUUACUGCUCCUGUGCAGGAGCGAGAAAGUGGCACGUGCUGCUUUGCAGUCUCCAGGCGCAAUAAAGGGUGACAAAUGGCCUUGAAUUGCCAUGAGCACACACUGUACCAGUGGCAAAAGCCACAGGUGAUUUAACAGGCUCCAUUUUGUGGAGAGGAGGUAGUGCAACUCUGGUGUGGGGGGAAGGUAUGUGUUCCUUCUUUACACACACACACACCCCCACACACCCCAAUUCUUAGGCUCUUUCCUUUCUAUCUAGGCUUUUCUAGAGAGUAAAUGUUUCCAGGGUACAUCAAAGAAAAGGGCUCACUGCCAGAAAGCUCAGCUAUUCCACCCCCACUUAUAAACCAAAUAACUUGUUUUGCUUCCUCUUUCCAGCACUGUCUAUGCAAAACUGAAAUAACUAGGAGACUAGUCUGGCAUUGCACUUCAAAUCAACCCAAAGCGGUCACUGUACCACCAAUUGGAGCACUUGCUAAUGCUGCUGCUCAGAGCAGCAGCGUUUACUUUCCACUGUUUACUACUACAAGCUAACAGCAUUGACUUUAUGCCAAAGCGACUCAUCUAAGGGAAUACAAAUUUAAGGUAAUAUUUAGUGCUACUCAGCUGCCUCAGGCCCAAUAACCUGAAUCCUCCCCCGCCCACUCAUUUCUUUUCAAGACCUCUGUGCAGCUAUGAGUACAUGCAGCCUCUGGAAGCAAAAUCUACAUCUCAGCCAUAGGAGGCAAUUGGAAGGCCCAGAAGUGCUCCCAGCAGUGCAUAUUUGGUAACAGUGAGCUUUGGGUUUGAGGAUAGUAGGACGUUCCCCCCCCCCCCCCCAUUUUUAGCCUCCAGACCAUUUUAGAGUGCAGGUUUAUUAAAUUAACAAAGUGAUGCUUUGUCCUAAAUGAAAGGGCAGUGAGAAAUUCAUUGAUCUUUAAGGCUAGAAGGAAGGGACCAUUGUGAUCAUCUAGUCUGACCUCCUAUUUAACCCAGGCCAGAGACCCUCCCCCAGUAAUUCCUGCAUCAAGCUCCCAAUUUGUGGUUUGAACUACAACAUUGCACUUGGAAAGACAUGUAAUUUUGAUAUAAUGACUUCAAGUGAUGGAGAAUCCACCACAUCCCUUGGUAAACUGUUCCAGUAGUUAACUACCAUCACUUAAAAAAAAACAAAAAAAACCCCAAAGCCUGUACUUUAUACAAGCUGUUUGUUGCUAUAGUGUAGUCCUCUCAAGCAACCUGCAUAUCCCCAGCUGGCAUAGCUAGCAAGGCCAGCAUAAUUCUGAGAGAUACAUAGGCUAGGUGAAGUCACAGAGGGUCACAGCCCCCUAUUAUAUUUUACAUACCUUGGUAUGUGCCACUCAGGCAGUCUCUAUUCAUACUACUAUGGCAUUAUCUGACUGCAGGAGACCAAAAGAACUACAAUAGUUGACUUAAUUAAAGCAAGAGAGAUCGGGGGCGGGAUGUACAUCAACAGUUCAGACAGCAACUCAGUAUCUUAUUUCAAAGAAAUCUCCAGUUUAAAGGAACACAGUGAAAACUAAGUCUCAGGCCUGCGCUACGCUGACGUUUUGCCAGCAUAGUUAUGGGUAUAUGGAAAAAGUCACCUCACUGUAUCCCUACUGUGGAUGCAGUUAUGCGAGCAAAAGUCCUUUUGCUGUUACAGCUUAUUUCAUUUAGCGAACCAGAAUAAGCUAUACCAGGACAAACACUCUUGCCAGCGUAAACCGCCUCUCCCCGGACAGGUUUCGCAAGAUAGCUAGCUCUACUGGCAAACCCUUUCUAGGGUAGACAAGGCCUAAGAGUUGCUCUCUGCUGAAAUGUUUCAUACUGUAGGACUGAGCUUCAGCUGUCCAUGUCUUUUCUUGAAAAUCAGUCUCUUUAGCAAAACAGUAUGUUUAAACCCUACUUAACGUAUGUUUCUAACAGCACAUGCAGCGGUUCUGACCAGAGCAGGCGUGAGGAAGGGUAGUUACAGCAAGACAGUAACGACCUUAUGGCACUACGAGAAGAUGGUUGUUUUGAUUUUAAACAAUCCAAGUUAAAAAUUUACAUCUUUGUCUGAACUGCUCAGCUGGUGCUGCUGUAAUAGCAAAGGUGUCAGGGUUACUGGCACACAGUUUAUGAGAAUAGAAUAGAACUGGAUUAUAGGAAUUGUUAUGCUUGCAGAAUUGCCAUGUACAAUGUGAAGUAACAAAUCCAUUGACAGUAUAAGAGACAGACCUGCUCAUUGAGGCAUUUAGCUUUGUGCUCCCAAAUGUCACCUUACAAGCUGCAAGCAAACAAACUGGAACGCCUAACUACCCCCCUCACAAAAAACAAGGGCUGCAGUGUGUCUCAACAGCCACAAUCAAUUUUACUUGGUAAUUCAUGUUCAGUCAGUGCUCUAGCUCCCGAACAACAUUUCAAUUUCAUGCCACACAAGAGGUCUGACAAGUCAGAAGUGCUGUCAGUUGCAGGCAGCCAAGUUUACAGGUUAGAGGUAAGAGGGUUAUGUUCUAAGUUUAUUAUUAAUAUUCCAGUUGCACCUAGGAGCCCCAACCCACCGUCAGGGCUACCCUUGUGCUUGGGGAGAUUUGCAAAAGCACCUAUUGCUUUUAAAACCGCAAAUUCCAUUGAAGUCAAUGCCACUUUUGCUCCUAAAUCUGAGGCGCUACUGAAAGUCUCCAAUCAAUAGCAAGAGACAGUCCUCAUCACAAAGAGUUGACAGUCUAAAUAGACAAGAGAGUGAGAUGGUGGGAAAAGGGGAGUAUUAUCCCCAUUUUACAGAUAGGAAACUGAGGCACGGAGAAAUUAAAUAACUUGUUCAAAGUCACACAAGAGUGGGGUUUAGUGGGUGUAAUUUAUAUGCCAAGGGGCUGAAAGAGAAGAGUGUAGCAGAAAAAGCAACUAAUAGGAAGUAAAUUGAAAUAGGAUGCGGAUGUACCUUAUCUUAUACAUUCUUUUAGGCCUUUGGCUUGGUCAACCAACAUAGUCUCCUUAACUAGUUUGCUGCUCAUUCUUCAACUAGAGUCAAUAAUGCUGUAUGCAGCACAAGAAUUAGGUACUGUGGAAGUAACAGCAUCAGACAAGAUAUCAGGGAAAACAAUAUACUGUCCCUGGGGUAGCGUUUGCUAGUAGAUUCUGUUACGAUAAACAGCAGAGAGGAAGGCAGGUGGCUCACUCCAGAAUCUGAAGAUGAGUGACAUAUGUGGAAGCUUCUGGGAAAAGAGGGACUUGCAGAGCUUAUAAGAACAGGAACUGAUGAAUUACAAACACACAGCAAUUCUGUUUUCAUGCACCUUGCCUACAGAUUAAAAAAAAGUGAAUAUAUUCUUGUGUAUGACAACAGCAGAAAUGUUUGUAAAUAGACAGUUUCUCAGCCUAACCAGUGCACCUGGACCUGAAAGAUAAUUAAUAUGGUUUACAUUCCAAUGCAAUUAAAAUUCCUGUGUAAUGCCAGGGAUUAGAGAACCGUAAGCAUGCCCUGGGAACCAUUGCUCUCCUUUCUUCCAUUUAUCCACCAUAGAUAGUGCCUCGGUGCUGCUGCCUACUGUAUCCUGCUCACUCCAUUUGGAUAUUGUCAGGCUUUGCAUUCCGGUCAGCUUAAAUGUGAAAAAAGAAAGAAAACCCAUUAUGCUAGGGGUUCUCAAACUGGGGGUUAUUACAUAGGGGGCAUGAGCUGCCAGCCUCCACCCCAAGCCCCGCUUUGCCUCCAGCAUUUAUAAUGGUGUUAAAUAUAUAAACAAGUGUUUUUAAUUUAUAAGGGGCGGGGAGGUUUGCACUCAAAGGCUUGCUAUGUGAAAGGGGUCACCAGUACAAUAGUUUGAGGACCACUGCAUUAUGCCAUCUCAUUCCUGAGUGUCCAUUAGCAGCAGCUCUAGAGGUAUUGCAAAUAGGGGAUUGCUGUGAGUAAAAGAUAUGGGGCUCCAGAUCUUUGAUUUCCUUUGGUUUCACUUUUGGAGAAUUGCAUGAAGAGUGGCGACCCGAUUGCCCUCUUUUAGAACUGGAAGACUGACAUGAUAAGUGGGCAUCCCAAAGCCAAUGUUCAGCUGUUCCUCUCCCCUGUAUCUAAUUACAUAUGCAUUUGUCCAUGGCAAGUUUGCAUUCUUAUUAUACAUUCAUGUUCGGUUAUAAAAACAUAAAAAACAAUUCUCUGGAAUUGGAAGGCUCAGGAAAAAAAGUUAGAUUCUUGUGCUCUAGGUCACACGGUUUUAAAUCCAGCACGAGAGAGCCAUGAGCGAUGGUAAUGACUAGCUUCAUUUUAUAAACAGGUCAUUUCAAUUCCCUUCCUUGUGAACAAGCAUACAUAUCACAACCACCACAAUUGGCACCUUUGGUGGCAGUAUGCCAAACAGAAACAACAGAUACAGAUUGGAUAUGGACAGAUACCCUCUCUGCCCUAGAGGUAGUCAUUCCAGAGUAGGAUUGGGACACACUGGCAGAUGGAGGCAACAUGGAGAAGCCUGUAGAAAAAAUACACUUCAGGCUCCAACACUGUAAGCCAGGAACUGUCCCCCCUAAAUUAACUUAUCAGUGUAACACAUACACAAAUCUCUUUUCCGGAUAUCUGCUUUUUAAGAGCUAGUUAGUGAACGGGUCAAGGUAAGAAAAUAAAUAAUUUUAAAACAAACAAUGCAUUAAACUCACAUGUGGUUGCUUGCAAUAUUAUGGGUACAUUUCUAAAGUGCUCAUCAUGGCACAAUACCUACAGAGCCUGAAUUCCCUUUUUUCUGUUAUAACCUAUGGAAUGUCAAUCAUCAUUUGUUAGCUAUGAGGCCUAAACAUACACCUAUUUCUGCUUAGAGGAAAACUAAAAUGGAAUGAGGUAUUCUAGCCACUACAAGUAAACAAAGAUUAAGGGCAGCCUCGCUUUCUAAAGGGAAAAUUGUGUCCUUACAUUCUGCUACUACAUCCCUAGUCAGGUGUUCAGCUAUCCAAAUGCAGAUUUGCACUAGCAAUUAACUGCAGGAGCACAAAGAAUGCAGGGGCCAUUUGUGCCAUUUAAUCCAGCAAAAUGGAUUAAAUCCUGGCUCAUUAAAAUAAAUGGCAAAUCUCCCAUUGUCUUCAGUAGUGUCAGGAUUUCAAACCAGAUGGGCAGAUGUGCCACUGAAAAUCUGACCUUAAAUCACACAGGUAAUAACAAUUAACAGGAAGCUGCUGCUUUGAUAGUGAAAGACAGGAAAAGCCAGACUUAAUUUCCUUUGUCUCAACUAUAACCUGGAACAGGGAAAUAUCAGUAAAAUAGCAGCUGUGAUGGAGUUAUCAGCACUAUUCAGACUUGCAGAGAUACUGAAAACUAUUCUCAAAAAAGUUUGGAAAAUUUAUUAAACAAACAUAUUCUUUAGUAAAGAUCCCCUUUAUAAUUACUGCCAUCUUCUUUUAACUAGGCCAGAGGUAGUCCCAGGCUCAAUAACGGUGUACAUUCAUGGAAUGAUCUAUCUGUUAGGAUGCUUUGGCUAUGGUCCCAUUAGCUGCUUUAAUUAAAAUGGGAAUGUAUUAAUGGCGCUGAAAACACAUGCUGAGAUGUGUUACUCACCUGAAAGAUAUAUCAUUUGAUACUGCAGUAAUGGGAUCACAUACCAGUCUAUGUGGGAAGUCACUCAGGGUUUCCUGCUGCAAUCUUGUCUUCACUGCAGCUAGGAAGGUCACCCUAUUUUACUGUACUAGGUAGGUUAGCCAGCUGGGAAAGGUUUAUUUUUGCUCCAUUUUUAAACCCACAAAAAUGCCUUUACUCACUAUAUGCAAAACCAAACAGUCUAAAGAAGGAGGGAGACAGAUGCACUUUAAGUUUUGCUGCAGGUCAUUGCAUUUUGCUUGUGCUUUUGUUCAGACUUUUGGAUUGAACUGUAGCAUGUUUUUAUUCAGCUGUUUGUAAGAUGAACUGUUCUGUGAUAUUAUUUCUGCAGUAAAGAAACCUAGCCCUGUA